GUAGCUAUUAUAUACGAAUACCUUGAUUGCUAAUAAUAAAUAUAAUCCUGGCAACGUUUCAUACAGUUAAAAACAUUGGCUAACGUCUUUUGUUCUACAAGCUGGAAAUCGUCACUAACUGAAGAAAAUUAGCCGCUGAAGUGAGGAGUUGACGAUUAGACCUUGGUUUUAUCUAGUUAACAUUUAACCCGUUUAGUGUACGAUUUUAUUAUGAUUAGUAUUUGAGCAAAAUCGGGUUUUUUUUCCUAGUUGAUCUAAACUGAUUUGCUGUGAACAGCCUUGAUGGCUAACGCCAAAUACCUCUGAACAACUUGGCACAUUUCAAUGAUCUGACCAUGAGACGGAGCCCGACGAGACCCCUGAUUCUCAAAAGAAGAAAACUGCCUUUUCAUCAAAAUGCGACUGAUUCACAGCCUGGAGAAUCAGGCUCCAAAGAACCAUCAAAACCAGCUGCCACUCAGAGCUUUUCUGAUGGUAUCCGCAUCAUGGACCAUCCAUCCAUGUCUGAUACUCAGGUGGUUGUCAUUCCCGAAACAGCAGAAGUUCAAAGUGUUAUUGGGGCCCUCACAGCUAAAGACAAUGAAUGUGGUGCCCAGGGCCCAAACAAGCUCAUUCUUCUGAGUGGAAGUGGAAGUGACAACAAGUGGGACUAUGGACCUGAUUCUCAGUCUGCUGCUGAAGGGGCUGCUACAAGGAGUACAGAAGGACAUAAAGUGAAAGCUGAAACUACAAGCAGUUUCACAGUCAAUAAGGAUGUCACUUGCAAUCCUUUAGAUGACAGCCUUACCGACCUUCACUGGUUGGGUAAGAUGAGCACAUGUGACUUGGAGCCAAAUUCUACAAAGCAGCUCAGCAGCAAGGAGAACCAAAACCCUUUACAGACUUUUCAGAACAAGUUCAUCCUUCUGAGUGGAAGUGCAAGUGUCAACAAGUGGGACUAUGGAUUCAUUCCCGAAACAGCAGAAGUUCAAAGUGUUAUUGGGGCCCUCACAGCUAAAGACAAUGAAUGUGGUGCCCAGGGCCCAAACAAGCUCAUUCUUCUGAGUGGAAGUGGAAGUGGCAACAAGUGGGACUAUGGACCUGAUUCUCAGUCUGCUGCUGAAGGGGCUGCUACAAGGAGUACAGAAGGACAUAAAGUGAAAGCUGAAACUACACACAGUUUCCCAGUGAAUAAGGAUGUCACUUGCAAUCCUUUAGAUGACAGCCUUGGUAGGAUGAGCACAUGUGACUUGGAGCCAAAUUCUACAAAGCAGCUCAGCAGCAAGGAGAACCAAAACCCUUUACAGACUUUUCAGGCACACAAUACACAUACCAGUGCAGACGCUCCUCAGCAACCCAUUUCAGAGAGGCCACCAUACUCCUACAUGGCCAUGAUCCAGUUUGCUAUCAAUAGCAGAAAGAACAGGAGGAUGACCCUCAAAGAGAUUUACAUGUGGAUUGAGGACAAUUUCUCUUACUAUAGAGAUGUAGCCAAACCAGGCUGGAAGAAUUCCAUCCGCCAUAACCUCUCUCUGCAUGACUUGUUCAUUCGUGAAACAUCGCCAGAUGGUAAAAUGUCUUUCUGGACUAUCCGACAUGAAGCCAAUCGAUACCUCACACUUGAUCAUGUGUACAAGCCGGGCCGUGAUCCAAUGACUGCCACUGUUCCUGUGCCAAUGCUUUUACUGGCUAAUCAACACCAAAAGAGGACACUUCCAGAUGCAAGAAAAACACCAACUAGCUCUGCUCCCUGUCACGCCUUCUGUCUAUCUGCCAUCCACUUCCUGCUCCCAGCAGAAUGGGAACAAUUCACGAGCAGCAAAGAGAGUCCGCAUAGCACCGAAGGUGACACAAAGUGAUUCCCCAGCUGUGAUGAUAUCUCCUCAGAAGAAUACGGACUUUAAGGUAGAAGUGAAGGAGGAGCUGGUAUGUGUUCCAAUUAAAUGCGAGACCCCCAAAGCUCCUCCAAAGAGACAAGCCAGCAGCUCACAGUGCAAACAACGUUUGGUUCACUCUGUGAAUGAAGAGCCUGUUCUCCUCUGCCACGAAAGUAAUUUCUUUGACUCUGGCGUAGCCUGUGAUGCUUCGACAUUCCAUUUGACCUUGUCCACCCCCAGCAAGAUGCCUUCUUAUGUUGCAUCUUUUAAAGUGACCCAGGUGGGCAAAGAAAGCCAAAAUAUUCUGCACUUGAGCCCUAUUCAUACACGAGGUGGUCCCACAGUUACUCCACAACACGAUUACAAAUCUGGAUCUGACACGAUUUAAACCAUCCGACUUUUCCAUAUUGAAGAGGAUUUCUCACAAUAGAAAGUGAGGCUGUUGGCGUAGGAAGAAAUUUCUAACACUCGAGAAUGCUCUAAUUUACUCUGGUUGUCAAAUAUUCAGAAGCAUAUCUAUGAUUAUACCAAAACAACUUCAAAUAAGGCCCACUUGAUGCUGUCAUUUAAAACUUCUUAUUGCAGUAGUUUAGGAGCUCUUAGCUUCACUUUUCUUUUACAUCUGCUUUGCUGCUGGAGGGUUCUGGCUACAACAUGAGGGGGAAAACGGAACAUAGUUGAAUAGAUUGCAGGGAUGAUCCAGUUUCAAUUACUGUUUGAUGUGUUUUACUUCUCUGACUUUUUCAUUCAUUGGAUGAAUCAAUAAUUGCCUCGGUGUCACUUCUUUUUCUUUGAAUUUCUUCACAUAUUUGGGCCUCUUUGUGUUUUAUGGUUUUCCUUAUUUGGUCUUAUUUAUCUGUCUUCUUGAAGGAUAUGAAUUCAUUUCUUGAAGGAAUUAAUUAUAUC